AGGGCGCUCCCCCUUCCCCUGUCUCCCGGGUCUCUUGAGGAGCCCAGGAAGGAGCCUCGGCUAGUGCCGCCGGGCCACGGGCUGCCGCGAUCGGAUUGCAGCUGUCGUUAGCGGGUCAUGUCGGCCGCCCAGGGCUGGGACAGGAACCGCCGGAGGGGAGGAGGCGCCGCAGGCGGUGGUGGCGGCGGCGGCGGAGGUAGCGGGGCCGGCGGGGGCAGUGGGGGCAGCGGGGGUCGGGGGACCGGCCAGCUCAACCGCUUCGUGCAACUCUCCGGGCGGCCGCACCUGCCAGGCCACAGACCUCCACCAGCACGAAGCGGACAUCGUUGUGUGGCAGAUAAUACCAAUCUGUAUGUGUUUGGAGGUUAUAACCCAGAUUAUGAUGAAUCAGGAGGGCCAGAUAAUGAAGACUAUCCUCUCUUCAGGGAGCUUUGGAGGUAUCAUUUUGCUACAGGAGUAUGGCACCAGAUGGGCACAGAUGGCUACAUGCCCCGAGAGUUGGCAUCUAUGUCACUUGUGCUGCAUGGAAACAACCUGUUGGUGUUUGGAGGAACAGGCAUCCCAUUUGGUGAGAGCAACGGCAAUGACGUCCAUGUCUGUAACGUGAAGUAUAAGAGAUGGGCUUUACUCAGCUGUCGGGGGAAGAAACCCAGUCGUAUAUAUGGACAGGCCAUGGCUAUCAUCAAUGGCUCCCUUUAUGUCUUUGGAGGGACAACUGGCUAUAUUUACAGCACAGACCUGCACAAAUUAGAUCUCAAUACCAGAGAGUGGACACAACUGAAACCAAACAACCUAUCCUGUGAUCUACCAGAAGAGAGAUACAGACAUGAAAUUGCACAUGAUGGGCAGAGGAUUUACAUCUUGGGAGGUGGUACUUCUUGGACAGCUUAUUCCUUAAACAAGAUUCAUGCAUAUAACCUUGAAACGAAUGCAUGGGAGGAAAUUGCAACAAAACCCCAUGAAAAAAUAGGUUUUCCUGCAGCCCGAAGGUGUCACAGUUGUGUUCAGAUAAAAAAUGAUGUGUUUAUUUGCGGGGGCUAUAAUGGAGAAGUGAUCCUGGGAGACAUCUGGAAGCUGAAUCUGCAGACUUUUCAGUGGGUAAAGCUCCCAGCUACCAUGCCAGAGCCAGUGUAUUUUCACUGUGCAGCUGUUACACCAGCUGGUUGCAUGUACAUUCAUGGAGGAGUGGUGAACAUCCACGAAAAUAAACGGACUGGGUCGUUGUUUAAGAUCUGGCUGGUGGUUCCUAGCCUGCUGGAACUGGCGUGGGAGAAGCUGCUUGCGGCCUUCCCCAACCUAGCAAACCUCUCCCGGACACAGCUUCUGCACCUUGGACUCACACAGGGACUCAUCGAGCGCUUGAAAUGAGGAUUUCUGGACUGUUCAUUGAUACUGGAAAUGUUAAUUUAAAGAGACUCCUUUAUUUAUGGGCAGUGUAGAAUGUGCUACAGAGAGGAUUGGUUACCCUGAUCAAGGCCUUAUUCAGAAAAUACAUCAGAUGCCUUUCUGUAAAUUGUUUUAAGUUUAUGGAAUCUCACUUUCCCUCGUGCUUUUUUCUUUGCUUCUCUCCCUUCUGCCCCAGUACACACACACAUACUCACAUACUCCCUCUUCCUUGAUGGAGUUGAGGGAAAGUCUGAAAGUACCUUAAUAAUGUUAUGAAUUAAGAUAAGAUAAAGAAAAUUUUAAAGGAACUCUAAGGAUAUGACCCUGUCAGGCAGUGCUCUAUAAAUUAAAGCAACAUCAUCAAUAAAAACAAAAAUAAAAUUAAAAAAAUUAAAUCCAGCAACAACAACAAGAAGUUUUGGGGAUAGAACAAGAAGGCUAACCUUGAGACUCUUGCAGAUUAUAGGGAAAGCUAGAUGUUUAACUUCCUGUUUUCAAAGGUACAUCUAACUGAGUAGCUGGAUCUAAUGGCAGCGGUGGUUGAUGUCUUGCUGCCUAGGUACCCAAACCGAUCCUUUGACUUUGGAGAAAAGUUAAGCAGCUCAGCAGCUCUUGAUUAGUGAUUUCUUUUCUCAUCCUUAUGGUGCCAGCAGUGGUUAGAGUUGACUUGUCUAAAGACUUUAUUGUGUGUUGUAGUUGUGCUGUUUGUUGUUGCUCUUAGAAAUUAUGGCACCAAGAACAUUUCAAAUCAAGAAAUUUAUGGUGGUCACAGUUCUUCGUUCUGGGCAGUUUUGAAAUUCUCCUAUGCUUAUUAAUGGUUUCAAGUAUCUUUUUGACUUCACUGUGGGGAAUUGCAGACCCUAAGUGUGUGGCAUAAAUGCUGUGGGACAUAAAUGUAAGUUCGUGAGAGGCCUGAAUAGAGCAGGGCAGGGAGGGCUUCUGCUCUGGGCUGUGAACUUUGACUGUCAUAUCGGCCAUUUCCUUUCAGAACUGUUUCUUUUUUUUCUUUCUUUAUUGGAGUAUAAUUGCUUUACAAUGGUGUGUUAGUUUCUGCUUUAUAACAAAGUGAAUCAGUUAUACAUAUACAUAUGUUCCCGUAUCUCUUCCAGAACUGUUUCUUUUCUCACUCUGGGCCGUGCACCUGCCGUAUUCUCAGGCAAUGGGUUUUUUCUCUAGAAAGCCAGUUGGCCCUUGAUUUUUCUCUUAGCUUUUUGCCUCAUUUUCUGUCUGCUUUAAUGUGCAUGGUGCUGUGAGUAAUUGCCUAGUAACUGGAUAAAAGGUCUUGGGGAAAAGCCACAGGUCAUUCUUCCUGAAGAACUAAGUAUCAUUUUUAAAACUAGCAUGAGGAAGGAAUGAAACUGAGGAUCAUUCACUUUUUGGUGUGAAAUUUUAGUUCUGGUUUGUUUUGUGUUGUAUUUUAAUUCUAAAAAAGAAAUGACCUAAGUUUUUACUUGCUUUGCCAUCAGGCUGCUAGAGUGGUCACUGAGACAUGAGCAGUUGGAAGUCCUUCGGUGUAUGAAAGGUGCUAAAGGUGUGCAAGAGGGCACAGUGCUGAUCAUUCCGUUGGUUACAUCAUAACAGGAGACUCAGAUGGGAGACUAGGGACAUGUUUUUGCUUUAAGUGCCUCUUUUUCGCUUAGCUUUUAAAAUUAUUCUUCUCCCUUCGUCCCAGAAGGGAAUCUCUUAGGCUCAUGUGUGGAUUGAAAAUCACCUUUGAGUUAUGGCUAAAAAGUUACCAUCUAGUGUUCAAUUCUGGGGAAGAGAAGAAUGUGGCCUCUAGACUUGGACUCCUAACCUCCAGGCCUUAUUAUAACCUCCCAUCCAUGUGGGGUUGAGUUCAUAGAGCCUGUGUUCUGCAAGGUUUUGUAACAACCUUUCAUCUGCGAGUUUGGGUCCUUUUGGGGAAUGAGGGGGUAGGGGGGAAGCAGGGAAAGGAGCAUCUCCUCCAGAGGCCCCAUCCCCCUCUUGCCAUGACCAGUCUGGCCUUUAACUUCUUGCCACCCACUGCUAGGCUUGUUUCAAUGAGGAGCUCUCUCCAGAGCAGGUCAGUCUGAGCAGCUCCAUUAGUUCAAAACAAAGCUUUGCUGCGUGACUACAAUCUAGUCUCUGGAUGUUUGGGCAGAAACUAUCCAUAAUUAAACAAGUCACACUACCCAGGGUGGCAAAAGUCCUGGAUUUUUUUUUUUUUUAACAUCUUUAUUGGAGUAUAAUUGCUUUACAAUGGUGUGUUAGUUUCUGCUUUAUAACAAAAUGAAUCA